AGGAAUUCCACUCCACUGAAACAGAGCAAAGGGAAAGGGCUCUCAUGCUGACUGUCAUCAUAGAUGGAUCCAUCACUUUCUACGGGUGAAAAUCCAGAUUCCAACGAAAAUAAUCCUCAAGAAUUUGAAUCUGAAUCCAAUAGCAGCCCCAGUGAUUCAUUAGGCAAGGCUUUAUCAACGAUGCUGACCAAUGUUAUUAAGGAUCUCGACUCUAAAGCUCAAAACACUCUCAAUAGCCAAGACAAACUGAAUUCUGCUAUUGAUCGUCUUACUAGAGAGCUUGAUCAGUUGUUGGAAGAGGCACCCUUGCCGUUUAUCAUGCAGCAUGCAGCAAAGAUUUCAGGUGUUCGAAUGAGAGUUUCAUCAUUGAAUUCUGUUCUAAAAUCAAUACAGAAGCGUGUUGAUAAUAUAGACCAACUGCUAUCUGUAGGCAUGCUUCAGGGGAAGAAAACUCUGGACAGCUCAUCGCAACACUAGUACUAGUGUUGAAGGCUCAGGCGAGGAGGAGAACGUUGAAGGUGGUUCUAGCCUUCAGAAGCUAUGGGGAGGUGGCUGCAAUGAGUUACAAUGCCAUGCUGCUUGUGUACAAAAAAGACUGGCAGAAGGUGCUCAUGGGUUUUGCUUGACAAUUGAAAACCCUAGUGACUCUUGUAUUUGUCGUUACCCUUGCUAAAAAAGUUGCCAACAUAUUUAUGCUUCAUUGAAUUUUAUCCCUCGAAGGAGCUGAUGUUAAACUGAAUGCAAUAACUUUUCAUAAGAAAAUUGCAUUGUAAUGGUAAAUCUAAUUUAAAAUCAAUUCAAGAAUAUUAUUAUUAUU